AUGAAGGCUGCCUACACCGCCUAUCGAUGCCUCACCAAAGACCUAGAAGGCUGCGCCAUGAACCCGGAGCUGACAAUGGAAAGUCUGGGCACUUUGCACGGGCCGGCCGGCGGCGGCAGCGGCGGGGGCGGCGGCGGGGGCGGCGGGGGCGGCGGCGGGGGCCCGGGGCAUGAACAGGAGCUGCUGGCCAGCCCCAGCCCCCACCACGCGGGCCGCGGCGCCGCGGGCUCGCUGCGGGGCCCGCCGCCGCCCACGGCGCACCAAGAGCUGGGCACGGCGGCGGCUGCGGCGGCAGCGGCGGCGUCGCGCUCGGCCAUGGUCACCAGCAUGGCCUCGAUCCUGGACGGCGGCGACUACCGACCCGAGCUCUCCAUCCCGCUGCACCACGCCAUGAGCAUGUCCUGCGACUCGUCCCCGCCGGGCAUGGGCAUGAGCAACACCUAUACCACGCUGACGCCGCUGCAGCCGCUGCCGCCCAUCUCCACCGUGUCCGACAAGUUCCACCACCCGCACCCGCACCACCACCCGCACCACCACCACCACCACCACCACCAGCGCCUGUCGGGCAACGUCAGCGGCAGCUUCACCCUCAUGCGCGACGAGCGCGGGCUCCCGGCCAUGAACAACCUCUACAGUCCCUACAAGGAGAUGCCGGGCAUGAGCCAGAGUCUGUCCCCGCUGGCCGCCACGCCGCUGGGCAACGGGCUGGGCGGCCUCCACAACGCGCAGCAGAGUCUGCCCAACUACGGCCCUCCGGGCCACGACAAAAUGCUCAGCCCCAACUUUGACGCGCACCACACUGCCAUGCUGACGCGCGGGGAGCAGCACCUGUCCCGAGGCCUGGGCACCCCGCCCGCGGCCAUGAUGUCGCACCUCAACGGCCUGCACCACCCGGGCCACGCUCAGUCGCACGGGCCGGUGCUGGCGCCCAGCCGCGAGCGCCCGCCCUCUUCGUCGUCGGGCUCGCAGGUGGCUACUUCGGGCCAGCUGGAGGAGAUCAACACCAAAGAGGUGGCUCAGCGCAUCACGGCCGAGCUGAAGCGCUAUAGCAUCCCGCAGGCCAUCUUCGCGCAGAGGGUGCUGUGCCGGUCUCAGGGGACUCUCUCCGACCUGCUCCGCAAUCCAAAACCGUGGAGUAAACUCAAAUCUGGCAGGGAGACCUUCCGCAGGAUGUGGAAGUGGCUGCAGGAGCCGGAGUUCCAGCGCAUGUCCGCCUUGCGCCUGGCAGCAUGCAAACGUAAAGAGCAAGAACCAAACAAAGACAGGAACAACUCCCAGAAGAAAUCCCGCCUGGUGUUCACCGACCUCCAGCGUCGCACGCUCUUCGCCAUCUUCAAGGAGAACAAACGUCCGUCGAAGGAGAUGCAGAUCACCAUUUCUCAGCAGCUGGGCCUGGAGCUCACCACCGUCAGCAACUUCUUCAUGAACGCCCGGCGCCGCAGCCUGGAGAAGUGGCAAGACGACCUGAGCACAGGGGGUUCCUCGUCCACCUCCAGCACUUGCACCAAAGCCUGAUGGAAGGACUCUCACUUGGGCACAAGUCACCUCCGAAUGAGGACAACAGAUACCAAAAGAAAACACAAAGGAAAAAGACACCGGAUUCUCAGCUGGGGCCCUUCACUGGUGAUUUGAAAGCACAAUUCUCUUGAAAACAAACUUCUAUUCUAGCUGUAAUCAUAGGCCAGGUGUUCUUUUUUGUUCUUAAUGGCUAUGGAGUCCAAGUGCAAGCUGAAAAUUAAUCUCUUUGAACCAGACACUGUCCUCUGAGCAUGCUAAGCAUUACAGAAGCCCAAAUGGGGCCUGUAGGAGCUGAUUCCAGUAUGGUGUCACCUAGGCUCAGGAUUACUUCAAAUGUCAACAAUCCCACUUGAGUCCUGCCGACCUCUUGCAGUAAGAGUCCCCACAGGAAAUGGUAGGAAUUCGGUCUGUGUAAGGACUCUAAGUGUAGGCUUCCAGGAUGCUAUUGGAAGAGAAGAAUCUUAUUGACAAGAUGGACCUCAUUUGCUUUCCAAGUGCUUAGCCUCAUGAUACCACAGUACACCAAAGUUCACAGCCAUAGUAAAGAAAACAUCAGAAUGGUAAUUACUGAGCACAAGUUUUAAAUAUGGAAGUUAAAAAAAAAUCCAAGGACCUGUUUUUCCAACUCAGGCAUCUUUUCAUUGAGUAGCUUAGAACACUUUAAGUUGAUUCAGUUUACAAUUUUCUUUACCUCCUGGAAAUUUCACAUGGUCUUGGAUCUGUCCCCAAACAAAUCAGUUCACUUGAGCUCAAAGUAUCAAGCACAACAAAGAGAAACAGAGUAAGAAAGGUUCUGGAUUCACCACAUCUGGAUUUUCAAGAAGCCGAUUGUGAAGUCCUUGGGGAAUCGUUGGGAACAUGGCUUCAAGCACAUUUUGCAGUUUGCUACAAAUUCUGUUUGUACAUAAUGCAGACGCACACUCAGGAGGCCAAUUUAACUGUUAUGGUACAUAGAGAAAAUACAGCAUUUUAAAAGAUCUAAAUAUUUUUAGAGCAUUAAUAUAUCCUUCUUGGUUUAUCAGUCAUCUGGUUCCUCCUAUCAUGCAUUAUGAUCACUGCAUAACUCAUUCUCUCACUUUCUGAUUUCUGUUGUUCCCUCAUCCAUCCAGUUAGUAGGAAUGUUUUCAGUGUUUUCUAGCAAGGAAACAAAUAAUAAACCAAACUACCAUGCAUGUUGCUCAUGACUGUCAUCUAGUCCUAAAUCUCCUCCAUGUUGAAUCACCCUUGCAAAACAGCUACAUAAAUCUGGAAAAAAAAAAAAAAAACAACAACACAGCACACCAAAGAAGCAGAAUACUGCAAACCAAAGACGUUUCUUACUUGCCAUUUUCUAGCCUAGAAAUACUGUGAUUACUUUUAGAAAUCAGAAAACCUCUGCAACCCCGAACGGCAUUCAGCUCUUGCAUCAGGCUCACCAUCAGGCUGAGCGAACCAGCCACGCCAAGGACAGUAGCCAAGCUUCACCAUGCCAGCUCUGGUUCCUGGCUGUCACCUUCCCACAGCAAGUGGCAGAGAGAGCGCCCACAGAACUCCGGGAGAUUGCGAAGGUCACAAUGUGCGUAUUUACCAGUGAACGGCCCCAGGUGGGCACCGUGGGGGUGUUCAAAGCAAGCCAAACGCAGCAAUGAUUCUUUACAGACACUUGAGACUGACUUUUUUAUGAAUUACUUAAUCGAAACCAAAGAAACUUUUUCUGCACCUACUUCUGCAACAAACAAAACUGUCCCAUUAAAGUGAAUAAAUAAAUCCGUGAAAUCAGUGGAAAUCACCACCAAGAAGGAAACACGACAGAAAUUAAAACAAAAACAAAAAAACAGUGAGACACACUGUGUUCAAACAGACCUUUGGGACAAUUUUUGGAAGCAGAUUUUAAAAAAAGGGUUGAGACAAGAAUAGAAGUAAGGAAGGGCCUCAGUGGCUGCUGCUUCAUUUGACAACUCACGCGGUAAUCUUAAAGUUGAAGAUUGUCUUUAAUUUGUGCCUAUGCAGUUUUUCAAAAGAACACGGAACAGAGCAACAGAAACCUCAACAGCUACAAUACCAAAGAUGAGGAUUUCUCAUACCUUUUGUUUCAGUUCAUUAUCUCUUCUUGCCUGGCUAAAAUACUAAUAGCGCCAUUGAUCUGUACAAAGGUAAUCAAUUUUGUUUCUCUGAGCAACAAAAGGAAAGGGUCAUUUAUUUGAUGUUAUUGUUUCCCUUUAAGUUUGUCUUAUGGGUUUUUUAACCCCAACAUGGAAUCUCUCAAAAAGCUUCCAUGGACUCCAAGUUCAAGAUGUUGGGAUACUGAAUGAGUCUCCCCUCUCUGCUCAGCAGUGUGGGGACUGGUAUUGUCACUUGAAUGUUCUUUGCUUAACCCUUAGACUUGGUUCCUUCUAUGUUCAGAGUCUGAUCAUCAGGGGAGGGAAGGGGAGUGAGAGUCAAGGGUGGGGAGGGGUCUUGGUGACACAUCCUCUCCCAAGCCACAGAACCAAAGAGUUUAUAGAGGAGUUUACAGUCUCGUCUUCAUGGGACUGCUACAUCCUAACAGGGCUUCAUUUGGGGGUGGGGGAAAACAUGUAAAAAUAAUUGCCAGUUUCUACUUUUCUAUUAGCUUUUUAAAAAUCAGCUGUAAAGUUGCAUUUCUAAAGAAAGAUAUAUAUAAUAUAUGAAUACAUAUAUAGAUCAACUUGACAUUGGUGAUCACUCAAAAUUCUUGCUGUCCAAAUUCAUGUCUUGUUUUUGUCAAGUGCUUCAUUUGCUAAGUAUUCAGUUCAGAAUUUUGCUCAUUUCUCAUGCCAUUUCAGAGUUAAUUUGCCACUGUGGAUGAUGUGGAGUAUUCACAUUUCUAUGAAAGUUCCUGGGAAAGGUUGAAAGUCAAGUUCAAGGAUUUCAACAUUUAACCUGUUGGUAAAUGGAUCCAUGGGGUCAAUGAGCUUGAUUUGAAUUUUAAGCCCUAUUUUAUGCCUCAACCAUGGUCAAGAUAGUGAGUGAGGUUCAUCCACCAAAGCUGAGCCAUGGACAGUGCAGUGCUAAUCUGCAACUGCUGGGAAGGCUCAGGGGUCUGUUCCCAUCAGGCAUGGGAUGUGAGGCCAGCCCCACACACUCUCCUGUCCUCCAGGAGAUGCCUGUCCAUCAGGGUUUUCCAGAGCCCCUCGGUGAGUGGAUCCACCAAAAGGGACUUCUCAUGGGGAAGUCCAGCUCCUGUGGCAAUGGGCUGAUUAGGUUUCCUCAGGGUGGUAAUUGCCAGUUUGCAUUGACAAGCCUGUGUUGCAACCACAGCUAGCUCUAGGGUGGGGCAGUGGUGGCGUUGGGGUAGGGUAUAUUGCAAUCCUGGAGAGAAAAUAUAAAGCAAGUUUUGAGGAGAGUCCCAGAAUCCUCCCCCAGGAGAGCUCCACUGUCUCCCUCCUUGCUCCCACCGUGCAGGGGAGUCGUCGUGGAGCUGUAAGAGAAUGAGGCUCUCUGUGAUUUUUGUAAUUCAUCCUGCCUGGGAGUCACUCCUUGACUGCUCCCUUGUGUCCCUUUAUCCUGUGCUCAUACUUCAUGUACCCUUCGUCAAAAGACUCAGAAAAGGGUACAUUUCAGCUGGGGGUUGCUACCCUGUGGGUUGAUAAAGAUGAAUUUCAACUUUGGAAUUUCUAAAUGAGUCCUGGUGACUUGUAGCCACUGGAAAUGGUUGUUCUUCUUGAGGUUAGAUUGAGGAACCGAGCCUGCUUGGUUUGAUUAGUGACUCUUCGACACAUCAGCAUUUGGUCUUGGACGUCCUCUAAAGAUAUCUAGACCAAAAGAGGCUGUCUUUGUGCCCUGAAAUUUCAACACUGGCCAAAUCAAUGUUCUGAUGAGUGGAGGAAGAUGUUGCAAAGUAAGAAAAGGCAGUAACUCCCUGCAGUAGCACCUGACAAAUGUCUCAUAGCAGAUAGUGUCUAAGAGAAAUGCUUGCAUUUAAAAAAUUAUUUACAUUUAUAAAAAUACAUGUGUACCUAUACAUUUUGUAUCAAAAUUUUAAGUCAUGCAAAAUUUCAAUUUGUUAGACAUCUGAAAGAAAAAAAUUACUAUAUUGAAAGAUAAUAGAAUCUAACCCAGUGUGUUUCCUCAAGUAUCUUAAAAUUUUAUUUUAAAUUAAGAAUUUCAAAGAACAUAACCAUAUGGACUUGGUUAUAAUUUAGAAUCCAUUUCCUUAAUCCAAGAAAAAUUCCAGGCAUGCCUCAGCCAUCAGCAAUGAAUGGGACAGUGUAAAGGGACAGUUCUCCACCCAACUUGACAGGCAGUAGAAAUACAAAUGCUUACGGCUAUUGAGAGGGGACAUUUUUUUUUCCUUCAUUCCUUUACAUAAAUAGGCUAGCUUUGUUUUUCAGUGUGAUUUUGGUACUGGGGAUGUAAUUUCUUUCAUUCCAGGAAAUUAAAAAGAAGAUAGAGCCAAUACAUUUUUUUUUUCCAAAGGAAAAUAGCAGCAGUGGUAAAACCUCAACACCAGUAUUGAAAACUUUUGUUAAAAUGUAAGAGUGCUUAGGUUGUACUCCAUAAAGGCAUGGGCUAGACUGAGUCAGGAAGGACCUAGCACGACACUGCUUCUGGAGAAAUCAGAGUAUGCUAGACAGCUGCUCUUCUCCCACAAGCUCUUGGCAACUGUAAGGUUAGGAAAGCCACGCUUAAUUUUUCACUUCAAGGCAAAAUAAAAUCAAAAUUAGAAAGGUAAUUCUGCUAAAGUCAAACAAUGUAUUUCAAAGCCAAAUUUGGGACCUUUUGGAUAAUCAACCAUUUUACCAUGUCUAUGCUGGGCACUCACCUAUUAGUGACAAGAAAUUAAAGUUGAAACGAUUUUUAAAAAAUCACUACUUCCUGGGUGUGGGGAGAAACUUUCACACUUCUGAAAGCAUUGGCAGAAUUACAGGAGUAUCUGUGUAUCAAAGUGUCAUGACAGCAAGCCUUUAGAAUGAACUUGGGUUUUCAGGAGGUUGUAUAGUUGGAAUUUUUUUUUAAACAAAAGAACAGACUGGGUUCCAAUUUUGUUGAAGAAAAAUGAAUUCUAUUUUUUAAAAAGAGAAAAAGAGAUGAUACGCGCGGUCAGGGAUUACCACAAGCCCCAGUUACAAGAACUUUGAAAAUAACCCUCUAGAUUAAUAACAGAUUAGAGUUGAGUUUUCUUGUUGUUGUUGCUAAUGCUGUGUGAUUCAGACUUGUUAGCCUAACUAGGAUGAGGGAAUGGAAAGUGGUAGAAGAAGAAAUAGACCUGGUAUACCUGUAUCUUUUGAAAUUUAUCUACAAAUCUGGUUAGAUUGUGAUAAUUAUUUACUUUUAAAACCAAGUUAUUUCUGAAACAACAAAAAUUCCAAGUUUUAAAAUAAAGCCACAAAAAUCAUUACUGAAGGAAGACUGACACCCCAGUUGGUUGUAUAAAUCUCAAAAGAUAAUGAUAUUGGCUUUAAAUAUGGAUGACCCAAUUCCUAUUUACAUCAAUGAUUUGUUUCUUUCUAAAGUCAGGGGUGGAGUGGAGUUUUGUUUGUUUUAGAAAGUCCCAGAAUAAAGUACAAAAAUAAUUUUUAAAAAUUAAUAUAGGAACCCUUCUCCCAUGUAAGUAGAUAGAAAUAUAUCUUAUAAUUGAAGCUGAUGGGCCAUGGUGAGAAUCUCACAAUCCCUCAUUGUCCAAAAUGAUACCAAAAUGACUCUGACAGGCUGAGGCACAUCCAAGCUAGAGCCCAACCUUCCCAUACAGAUUUUUGAGUUAGGUUAAUUGGAAUUAAACAGCUAAUGCCUUUCUAGUGGAGAAAAAACACCUUGCUACAGAUUCAUUCAUCCAAAGGAAAUGUUCCACUCUGCUCCAUUUUUAGCAGUAGGCAUUUGGUGUAGCAUAAAUCUUGGUAGCUAAGUUGGCCUAAAGCUUACACAGUCUGUCAGCUUGGAUGUAUACAGAUUUAGAUACAUAUUUUGAUAUGUAUUCUCACUCAUGUCUUUACAGCAACACACAAUACCUAUAAGUGUCUAGACUGUGUACAUACAAGUGUGUACAGGCAUCUUAAUACAUCUCUACUGUAAUCUGUUACGAUAAAUAAAUUUUAAAUAAUUGUUUAA